GGAGCACAUCUGGAUUUCUCUGCGCCCUUUGCCUCCAAGCAACACAUCGAUUUUGCGCGUGAUCAAUGCGGACGACUCAAGAAACUCUCAAGUGAAUAAUUUAUGUGGGAUGAUUGAUUUGUAUUUGCGCAAAGAAAUCCAAAAUGGAGUAAACAUCUCAACAUAGAACUUCUCCAAUAUGUAGAAAUGAAAGUGUGAGUUUUUUUUUGUUGCUUUAGGACAAGUUGUUCCCGUGUCUCUGUGUGUGAUUACCGUUUCUUCACGUGAUAUGUAAAAGAGAUUAUUCAUUUCAAUAGGCAUGCUGGUCCUCCUCAGUCUUGUACCAGGUAUGUCUGACGAGUGGCGCCUUCAUGCCACACACGCCCUGCUUCACUUCGAGCUACACCUGCACCUGUCGGAUGUUACUUGGAAAUAAUCGAAGUUUGAGGAAAGAGAUGGUGGCGGGGUCUCGGUUCAGCACGUUGGACAGCGCUCGUGGAAGUUGGAGAGGACGGUGGCGCGCGGACACACUAGGAUUUUAAUUGAAAAUAAUUUUGGGGGAGCCGCUGCAGGGACCAUGGUUGACUUUAAGUGCUUAUUAUUAACACCAACAGGCGCAGGUAAACCGGGAGCGGACUUUCCGGAGUGAGACAUGGACUUUGCUGAAAUUAUUUUCGCUUUGUACAUCGUCGUGGUCGCGGUCGUCUCGUUGUUGUCAAACUUGUUGGUGCUGCUAUGUUUCGUCCACAGCAGCGAGAUACGCCGACAGGUGCCCGGCGUCUUCACCAUGAACCUGUCCUUCUGCAACAUCCUCAUCACAGUUCUGAACAUGCCGGCCACUUUGGUGGGGAUUAUCAGGGACCAGCAGCCUUUUGGGGAUUGCAUUUGCCACGCGGUGAGCUUUCUGGAGACCUUUCUGACCGCGAACACCAUGUUGAGCAUGGCAGCUCUCAGCAUAGACCGGUGGAUAGCGGUGGUGUUCCCGCUCAGCUACUCCACUAAAAUGCGCUACAAGGACGCGCUGAUCAUGGUGUGCUACUCCUGGCUCCACUCCUUCACCUUCUCCCUCACCGCGCUGCUCUUCUCCUGGGUCGACUACAACGCAGUGUACGCGUCCUGCACCUUGCAGCCGAGCGAGGAACGCGGCGACAGGAUUAAGUUUACAAUCUUCACUGUCGUUUUCCACGCCACCAGCUUCAUGCUCUCCCUGUUCAUAUUGUGUUUCACCUACUUGAAGGUGUUGAAAGUCGCCAGGUUUCAUUGCAAAAGGAUUGACAUUAUCACCAUGCAGACUCUUUUCCUACUGGUCGACAUUCACCCAAGCGUCAAACAAAGAUGUUUAGCGGAGCAAAAGAGGAGAAAGCAGAGAGCCACGAAGAAGAUCAGCAUCUUCAUCGGCUCAUUCAUCAUCUGCUUUGCUCCCUAUGUAAUUACAAGGUUGGCCGAGCUUCUACCUUUCGUGGACAUCAACCGCCACUGGGGAAUCAUCAGUAAGUGCCUGACAUACAGCAAGGCUGCGUCAGACCCCUUUGCCUACUCCCUCCUACGUCAGCAGUACAAGAAAGUCCUGGUUACUGUCGUCAACAGGCUGCUCCGCCGUGACCUGUACCCUUCCUCUGGCCACAACAGCUCUUUAGACACAGAGAACGACUACUGUCUCCAGAGGAUCAGCUAAUGGCACACGCGCGGACAUGGCAGACACACACUACAGGACAAAAAAAUAAAGGUUGCCUCUUGGAAGAAGGUGGGCGGAGGGAAAGACAGGAUAUUGUUAGGAAAGGAAAAGAGAGCAGAUAGAGGGGACAUGUUGUGGGUGGGGGGGGGGGGCAAAGAGAGAAGAUAAGUAUGGAAGAUAGUGGGUGGAGCGGAAUGAGAAGACAACUAAUGAGGGGGAGGAUGAAGAGGCGAAGGAGAAGACAGGUAGGGAGCAACGGGGACGAUGUGGAAACGUCGGACUCAGACAAUAUCGGUAAACAAGAGAUCUGUGAUUCAUCGGCGAAACACACAAAAGCACACAGAUGCACACACAGAUCAGACAAAUCAAUUUCAGCGAGGAGUCGUGGGUUCAGAUUAAUCUCAAACCGAAGGCUCACACAGCUGGACACCGGCCCCCCCUUUUCUUCUCUUUGUGCGACAUGUAUAAAGUGGCCUUUUGUACUGAACCAACCACUUUAUAAUGAUUUUAGCAAAUCCACAUGCAGUGACCUUUUCUUCCGCCCAGAGAGGUACAGAGGGACACAGCUCGAAGCCGAUAGUCGAUAGGUGCCGGAGGGAAGAUGCGAAAAGAAGUAAAGACUACGUCGGUCCUGCUUCUGGAUAAUGUACUCUUAGGUGUGGAUGAUCAACUGCUGCACAUCAUUGCCAUGUUCUGUAUUGACCAUGUUAGACUACUCUGCAGUGUCAUGUCAUUUACUGAAUAUUGAUGCACUUUGUCUAAUUCUUCUCAGAGCUACUACAGUUACAGGAGCCAAAGGCCAAUUACAUGUACAACAUUUUUAAUGGUAUGGCUGGUGAUGUUGUGCAUUUCUCUUAUUGUUAACAAGUGCCACGAGAAGACCAAAAUCAACAAUGUCUCAAUCCAGCUCUCAAUAUUUUCAGAUCCUUUUUCGUUUGAAGAUUUAUUUUGUUGUUGCAUUUCUGCCUUCAGACAGAAUCUAGCUGUCAAUCAAACAUUGCGCUUGUACACUAUAGUAUAGUAUAGGACCUCAAAGAUGUGUCAUGGAUAUAAACGUUCAUUUUUAAACAGGUUUCAUACUUUCUUAAAACAGCUGGGCUCUGUAGUUAUUAAGCAAACAUUACUCAAACAGAAGAAGACUUUUUUGGGACUAUUUUCAGACGUGGAUUGAUACACAUCUGGUGCACUGGUGAGUGUUUUACGGGAGCAGUAUGGGCAUGUUUGUUUGAGAGAAAGCAAACUGCAGUGCCCUGGUUCAUGGUAAUGAAGAAACAUGUCACCCAGUAAGUUUUUUAAUAGUAUUCAGACAAUUGUAAAAACAAGGAACACCCCAUUUGUGAUACUUUAAUGGCCAUCUUACCAUACUCCAAGUUCCUACGCCACUUAGUCUGCGAAGCAUCUUAGUUUUGACAUGUUUCACUUCAUUAAAUCCAACUCUCUUGUGAAUUGAACCAUCUUACUCACACGUCCAGGAGGCAGGGGUUGAGAGUAUUUGAAGAUUGCUACACACUGGUUAGCAGGAUCAAUUCAUUAUUGCUUUUGGUCUCUUCGUGAGAUUUGUUGACGAUAAGAAAAACGUAGAAUAUCCCCCGACUUAUCCUGCGUCUCCUUUUUGAGUUUGAAACUGAAUGUACUAGAGAUAGCCCACUUUUUUUGACUGAAAUGCAUUUGUACAACUGUGCUUUGUUUUGCAAGUUGAAUGGAGAAAAUGUUUCUAUGGAUAUUUACAUGAUGUUAUUAUAUAUUUUGCACUGUACAGGAACAACAUUUUGUCGAGAUAAAAGGGUGACGUAGCAUAGGCGAUGCUAGAAGUGCUUUAAACACACCGUUUCGUGUAUGUGCCAGAUUUGAACAUGUGACUUUUCCAGCGGUUCUAUACUAACCAGAAUAGCUGCUUUAUUAUUAAAAAAAUCUAUUUCUUUGGAUGUACUUUAUGCACAUGUAUUGUUCCUCCUGUAAGCCACUUGCUGUUCUUUGGCAGUGUAAUUAGAUAUUAGUGGAAUAUGUGCAAUAAAAGCUGUCAAUUAUAAAGCUA